AUGCUCUGUUCUUUGUUUCUCUGCUGUGAAAUCCAUUUCUCGUAUUUCAUCUCUCUCUCUCUCUCUCUCUCUCUCUCUCUCUUUGAGGGUGCGAAACGCACGGCACAAUCAGAGGGUUCUUUGGUCGAGGGCACCAAGACUUGGGCCCAGCUCACACCUGCUGAGAAAGUGGUUGAGGGUGGCAAGGACAGCGGCUCGGCCCUUGUCAUUGGCGCUGGUCUCACGCUUUGUGGCUAUCUCCUAUACUCUGUCGUUUCCGAGCUCGUCUUUCGCGAUGGCCCCGAACAGUUUUUCGAGCGCUCCCUCAAGCGCAUUACAAAUGAUGAAGAGGUGCGUCUGGCACUCGGUGAUGCCGUUACCUUUGUUGGCUCGAUGAAGGGCCCCAACAAGCCCUGGAGGAUGCAAGAGUACGUGGUGGAUGGCACAACCUACACGCGCAUGCGCUAUGAAAUCAAGGGUGACCGUGCUCGAGGUGUGGUGCAUCUUGAGAUGAAGAAACCUGCAAGUGGCAAGCCCACCAUGCGCUACCUGUUUGCGGAUCUCCAAGGGCCUUUGGGCAACACCAACCGUGUGGUUCUCGAAGACAACCGUAUUGAGGACAAGCAGGCGGCCUCCGUUCAAGAAUAA